UUACUUCUUAUAUUUCUAGCAUAUAAAUAUUAGUUUUGCAGGUAACAAAAGCUGCUAAAAAAUGGGUAUCUGGAAUGAUCUACGAUCUCUUGGCGAAGAUUAUCUUUCUAAGUUACAAGAGUUGUAUAUGAAAAGGAAUUUCCCAUGGGAAGUCAGGGGAAAUUUCGCUGAUUGGUUUGAAGAACAAAACUGGAAUUUUGAUGAAAAAAGCCACACCAAUGUAAUACGAACACAGGAGCUUCUUGACACCUUGCUGAAAAAGCUAGAUGAUCUAUGCGCAAAGCCUCACGAUGAUCUAAUGAAUCAGAUGAGACUGUACGAUAUAAGAAAACAAUUUGUAGAUACUUAUGGUGGAAAACCAGAACUGUUUGUGGCAACUGUUCGUGACAUUCUAAAUGAAGAGCAACAACUUCUUGCUUUGAAAUCAAUGAGCUCAGUGACAUUGACUCCAGUAAACAAUGUAAUGGUUGAUCAAGUACUUCCACCACCACCUGCUAUUCAACCCGAUAUUCGACAAACAUUGCACGAGUUAAAAAGUCGAGUCAUGGACCUUGAUAGUUAUGUUAAGGAAUAUCGAAACCGCCAAGAAGACUUUAUCUUACAGUAUCAAGAUGUGUGCAAAGUAGAAAAUGACAUUCAACAGUUGAAGAACCAAGCUUUGACAGGUCAACGAGAACAGCAGACGCAGAUGAUGUUGAAAAGAAAACAGGAGAUUGAAAGCGUCUUACGUGGGAAGGCAGAACAGCUUUUAAAAGAUAGAGAGAACAUCAUUACUAGUCUGAUAAACAUUCAACAACAAAUCGAAGUGGUUGGAUCUCGUAUCGUGGAAGAAUUGCUAAGAUGGAGGAUGAUGCAACAGAAGUCAUUAAGUGGUGCUCCCAAGCCUGGUGCAUUAGAUGAGAUUCAGGAAUGGUUUGAAAACUUGACAGACAUCUUGUGGCAUUUUUAUUCGUUAGCUGCCCAGUACAAACUGCUUUUUGAUACGCUUCCAAUCACGAAAUAUGGCAUUGAAAAAGAACAAAUCGAAAAACUGCUGAAAGACGUUGUAACCAAUCUUACAACACUUAUCAUGAGAUCCUUCAUUGUAGACAAACAGCCACCACAAGUUCUUAAAACGCAAACUAAGUUUCAAGCUUCUGUAAGAUUACUUGUUGGCUCAAAGCUAAAUUUGCAGAUGAAUUGUCCAGAAGUGACUGUAUCUAUUUUAAGCGAAAAGCAGUGCAAAGAUUUAGUGCAAGGCAAAAAACUUGAAGAGAUUGGAACUUGUGGUGAUAUAUUAAAUGAAAAAUGUGUUAUGGAACACAAUAAAGACAGAACGACUUUGCAAGCUGAAUUUAAAAACUUGCAACUGAAAAAGAUAAAAAGGCAAGACAGAAAAGGUCAAGAGUCUGUGCUGGAGGCGAAAAGUGCUUUGGUAUUUUCUGCUAAACUUAAUAUCAGUGGGGAUGAAUUACCUGUUCUGUGCAUGUCUGUUCCUGUUGUUGUUGUUGUUCAUGGCAACCAAGGUCCUAACUCGGAGGCUACUAUUAUCUGGGACAACAUGUUUUCAAGCCCUGAUCGAGAGCCCUUUGACGUUCCCGAGGAAGUCGCGUGGAAAGAAAUGUCAGUUGCUCUGAAUGCGCGAUGGAUGAUGACUACCGAACAUGAAUUACAUUAUGAGCACCUACUGUAUUUAAGGGAGAAAAUUUCCUCCAAUGUAAUAGAUCAUGACCAUAUCACGUCGGAUAGCAAAGUACCUUGGGCUUUAUUCAACAAAGAACCUCUAAAAGGUCGUACAUUUACUUUUUGGGAAUGGUUUCACGGAGCAAUUGAAGUUGUGAGAAAAAACCUGAGAGAUCAUUGGAAGGACCAAUGUCUAGAAUUUAUGUCACGUCAAACAGCACAUGCUAAGCUAUUAGAGAAACCUCCUGGCACCUUCUUGAUCCGCUUCAGUGAUGGUGAACUUGGUGCUGUCACGAUCGCUUGGUGUUGCGAAAGAAACGGCCGAAGAGACAUCUGGUAUUUGCAACCCUGGAGUACGAAAGAUUUCACUAUCAGAGGCCUAGCUGAUAGGAUAUUCGAUAUACCCGAACUCACCCAUUUAUUCCCGGAUAUCCCAAAGGAGCGAGCAUUUGGCAGGUUCCGUUCAAUUGAAGUUCCAACAAAUCCUGAUACCUUCUCUGGUGGUUAUGUCGGUGCCGGCAUUAUUGCUCGCAUUCUUCCAUCUAUUAAUACUAUGAACCAAUUCGCAAAUUCGCCUCAGCCAGUGACACCAAGCAAUCAAAUGGAAAUAAAUGCUAUGGGACCUGUUUCUUCUCCACAUGAACCUGUUCCAUACUCACCUCCGCCUGUAAUACCCUCGAUAGGAAACCAAGGACUUUCACAGUCAGCCGAGUUACUAUUUGAUGAAAAUGACACAAACUACCAAAGAAUGUUUGACGAUGUGACAACCAGGGAUCCGGUGUCUAAUGUGGAAACCUUCACACACUACCUGUUGCAAAAUAACUGAUUUGUCGACUCGCACCAGCAGUAUUGUUUUGUAACAAUACUAUUUUUGUUGUUGUUGUUUAGUUAGCUGUGGGAAAUGAUCUCUGUUUAUUUUGAUAUUUAUGUAAUUUUUAUCCAUCCAAUUUUCUUUAUCAUUUUACACUGUUCGAUACACUCAUUUUUUAACAAUCCCUUAUUUCAUUUAGACUUUGACCAGAGCGGCGAUUAUUUAAAUUUGCCAUUGUUUAUAAGAGAGUGUAUAGUGACGGUCUUGUACAUAUCUUCGUAGAUAAAAUUGUAACUUGUGAAGUCCUUAUAGUAAAUAUAUCAUAUCAUAAAACACUACCUGCGGCUCCGACUUGCGAACCUUCGGGUGAUAUUUUGAAAAUUAAAAUGCCGAUGAAACAAAA